CCGGUGGGCCGGUUCCAUGCAGUUUUAACACGACAUGACGCGCUGAUGACGGCAAGUCCUGCCAAGCAAGCAAGCAAAUCUCAACAAACACGCCGCAUACACAGCAAGAAGCAAGGCACAAGGCUGGAAGGAGGCAAGGCAAGGCACAACGGCAAGGGCAACGACAGCCAUGUCCACCACCAGCACCACCUCUCCUCCUGGCAGUGCUGGGUGGGCUGUGGUUGGGGAUCAGAGCUUUAGCUUGUGGCGUGAUACACAAGCGUUCUUCACUUCCCAGAUUGAAGCACAUGGCCGCAUCUUCCUCACCCGCCUACUCAACGCCAAGACUAUCGUCGUGUGCUCCGCAAACGCAGGCCGCCAGUGCCUCUUGGGCGGUGCUGGUGCUGGCGAUACACAAGACACGGAGGACAACGAUGGCUGCAAGGAGGACGACAGGGACGCAGCUGACGACACCAAGUCACAACAAGCACACACAUCAUCCUCGCAUGCGCAGCAAGGAAGUGCAAGCUCAAGCCUGGACCAUCAGCACAAUGCAACAGACAAUGCAACUGAUCCGCAUCAACACCACAAGCUCAAACACAAACACGGCAAACACGGCAAACACGGCAAACACCACAAGCAUCAGAUACAUCGCAAGCAUCACAAGCACAGGCAGCAGCAAGGGCGCGCCCACCACCAACACCACCAGCACCAUCAGCAGCAGCAUGAGCAGCAACCCACAGCAGCCAAGCUCGAACGACAGCCUGCAGGCUGCCCGGCUGUCCUUGAUCGUGCAUCCGCUUACCGGCCUUUCGUUGAGAAGGUGUAUGGCAGCCAGUGCAUGCUGCUGACGCCAAAGUCCAGCGCACACCCAGAGAUUGCAGCACUGCACCGAGUAUUUGCUCGCCCGGAGACGUGUGCGGAGAACCUGGCUCUACUCGAGGCAUGGGCGAGGCAGCAAGUUCAACAACUGAGUGAGGCAGAAGCGCCUUUUGACCUGUAUCAGGAACUCAAGGCGCUCUGUGUUGCAGCAACACUCACCUUGUUCCUUGGCCUUGAGGACGGCGAGAGAGACCUGUUACAUCGAGCGACUCAGCUCAUCACGACGCACUGGCACGGUCUCACCUCCUUGCCAAUUCGCCUCAAUCUCGGCUUUGGCAAAGGGUCUGGCCUCGAUCAGGCACUCGAUGCAAAGGAGGAACUCGAAACAAUCAUCAAGGGUCGCAUCUUGCGCUGCAAGCCUGUGCCCCAUCAGCAAUUCCUGUUCCACAUUGUUCAGGCCUGUCAAUCCCAGGGCCUGGAUGUCACUUGCCGACACUUGCUAUUGUUCAUCUCUGCAUUGAUCCCAAAAGCCCUGGCGUCCCUUCUCACGUCCAUGGUGGUCGAGCUGUUCACGAGCCACCCUGAUACCCUCGAGCGUGCUCGGUCUGACGACCAGUUUCUUGAACGCUUUCUUACAGAGACUGAGCGGCUGCAUCCACCGUUCCUUGCCGCCAGGCGCACCUUACCGAAGGACGCAGUCUGCAAUAUUGGCCCAUACAGAGUUGAAGGCGAAAGAGUCAUCAUGUGUAUCUUCAGUGAAAUGAACAAGGACCCUGACGUCUACAAGAACCCAGAGGCAUUUGAUGCAGACCGAUGGCUGGAUGCCUCGCUUCCCAAGCCCAUGACGUUUGGCUGGGGACCAGACAGAUGCAUGGGCCAACCUCUAGCAAGGCAUUUGCUUCUCAUGUUCGCCAGACAACUCCUGCACCAUAUCAACCGGGUUGACUUCGAGGAGCCUCCCAGUCUAUCUCCAAAGUGGCUACCAGUUGCGAGGCCGAGGUCUCAAAUCAACGCUUGCUUCCGCAAGUAGCAAGAUGGGAGCCAAACAUGCACGCCCAAAGGACCAAGCGAACGGAGGGUGGUGGCGUUGAGGUGCUUCUUCUGAAACGUAAAACAAAAGAACAAAGCA